GCUGCACACCUCGAUUCUGGGUUUGCACCUUUGUAACAAACUUUUUUAGCUUUCUGUGCGUUUAUCCUGUUGUUUCUCCUGAACGCUGAGUGUGACGGCAUGCUGCUGACCGUGUUGAGCUGGCUCUGCUCCUCCCUGCUGGCGUCUGUCAGCGGGGGAAAGCUGCCUGAAGCUGAGGUAAACAUAGAAGUUAUGUACAGACCUUUUCUCUGCCACCGCAAGUCAAAAUAUGGAGACAUCCUGCUGGUGCAUCAUGAGGGAUACUUUGAUAAUGGAACCAUGUUUCACUCGAGUCGAGCCCAGGGUGACAAGCAGCCAAUGUGGUUCACACUGGGCAUCAGAGAGGCGAUCCAAGGCUGGGAUAAAGGUCUGCAGGACAUGUGCGCUGGAGAGAAGAGGAAACUGGUCAUACCUCCAGCCCUGGCCUAUGGGAAGGAAGGGAAAGGUAAGAUCCCACCUGAAAGCACAUUGACCUUCAUCAUCGAGGUGCUUGAGAUCAGAAAUGGACCAAGAUCGCAUGAGUCCUUCCAGGAGAUGGACCUCAACGAUGACUGGAAACUCUCCAAACAUGAGGUCAAAGAAUACCUGAGGAAGGAGUUUGAGCGUCAUGGCUACCCUCCCAACGACACGCUACAUGAGAACAUGGUGGAGGAUAUCUUUGCCAAAGAGGAUGAGAACAAAGACGGAUUCAUAUCCUCCAGAGAGUUCACUUACAAGCAUGAUGAACUUUAAAGUCUCACUGAUUCACUUUGGUGCAGGGUUUAUUGCAAAGAUUCUCUCAGGUCAUCUUUUUAUAGAAGCUUUGUGUUUGCUUGCCUAAAGCUGUGUGUAGUGGGUUUUGAGCCAGUGAGUUUGUUAGUUUGCUACUUUUAGUGAUAUUUCACCUCAGCAAAUCUUUGCCUUUUUGUGUGUUUACUUCCUUGAGUAGCAAACAACCAAGUUUUCACCUUUUGUGACCACUGUCAUCUUGACAUCUCUAACUUAACAGCCUUGAAUUCUUCCUAUACCAAAAGGUAGACGGUAACAUUCCACUCAUCUUGCAUAUAACUUUUCAAGACUGUAUUUGGAUUUUUAGCAGUUCAGUGUAUAUGAGGUUCCCUCAAGGGAAAUCUAAUGUUUGUUUCUUUUAUAAAAUAUUCCCAGAUUUAUGCAAUUUAACAUUUAUAGGUACAUUUUGAAAGAAAAGGGUACUUGAUCAUCCUCAUGUUUUAUUAUAUUAACUAAACUAUGUGUAGAUAUUUUUCAUUUUUUAUUAAGCAAUAAACAAGGACUUUUCAGGGUAUAAUUGGCUUUCUUCAUAACGGAUAUUAUGACUCUCAGCAGGACAAGCAGGUGCAACUGAUGACAUUAAAGCUCCAUUCAAUUCAAUUGGUCCCAGUCAUUUGCUAUGCACAAUACUGAGGCUGUGGGCCUGCUAUUAUUAUUGUUAUUAGACUUCACACCUGUGAAGUCAGACUAUCCGUGAGAAAGGUUCAUUGCUCAUGCAUACACUGUAGUGUCAGUGCUGAAAGGAUAUACUGUUCAGUUCUGAUCCAUUACAUCAAUGUAUGUGCAGUUUUAUCCUAAUUUUCAAACUCGCAUAAAUAAAUGCCCCAGAAAACAAUCACGUGAAGGGACGGGGGUAAAUGUACCUGUUACUUUUCACAGUGUGCUGGAGGUUGUAUUGAGAUAUUGUACAUGAAUCUUUAACUAGAAAAUGUUCCUGCAGUGCUGUGUAGAAUCCAGACCAUCCUGUUUCUACAGCUUUGAGUUUUGCUUCUUUCAUGUGGACGUGUCAAGACUUAUUUCAAUAAGCAAAUGACUUUGCAGAUUAGUUUCUGUCGUAAAAUAAUAUAUUGACUGUCGACUUUUUAAAACAAAAUGCAGUGGUGUAUUUGUGACAUACCUUGUAAUACAUUACACAUUGAACCAGCAGGUGGCACUGUCUUCACAGGUGUUAGCAUUAGUUACUACAGUGGGAGACAGGAAAUGCUAUACCUCACUCAUUAUCAAUUUAUAAAAGACAACACCUGUGUAACUUAAAACAGAUGCAUUCCCAUACUCUUCACAAUGUAAGUCAUUUUCACAUCACAUUUGUUUUUACAUUUUUGUAGAUCAUUUUGGUACUUAGAAACCAGUCACAUAAACACACAUGAGCACCACUAUACUGUAUGCACAAUUAUUUAUGACCCCCCCACAGUUAGCAUACCCUGCUGUGCGAGUGAAUAGUGAAAACUGUUCACUUGCAAUGCCGUUUUCACAGUGAGUUUUAAAUUGAAAUUAGGCUGACUUGUUGGCUCUAUAGGAGGAAAACAUACAGAUACAGAAAGAAUCAUUUUGCUCAAGCAUUAAAGCAUCAGUUUUAAAAUUUAGCAUUAUUAGAGUAUGUUGUUACGCAUUCAUACAAGUGCUAAUGGAGCAUCACCUUGUACAGAGGUUGUUGCUGGGUGACCUUUUUCAUACAUCUGUCUUUAAAGGAGCUGUACUAUUUUAAAACCAGGUGUUUAAUAAUGUUUGUGGGUUUACUUCCGACUUUAAAAGUGCUACUGUAUGUAUCAAGACAAAUUGAUAACUCUCAAGACAUAAAAUCAGAAUUUUCUAUUCCGUAUGUAGAUACUGAAAUGCUUAGGCUGUUAAAAACUGUGUCAAGAGCCUUGUUAAAUAUAGCUACUGGAAGACACUGUCCUUGGAGUGUGUGUGUGUGUGUAGAGUCUGUCUGCAGCUUAUGAGUAUGAGUAGGGAGAGCCAUCCUCCUCCACACACACAUUCAAAACAUUCCACACUGGAAAAGGUCAGAGGUCACAUAGUCAGUAUAAGGCGGGAGCCUGUUUGACACUCGCAUACUGUAUCACAUACUUAUACACUGAACACAAACAAAUCACACAUAGGGCUUGCAUCCAAAUAAGUCCAUGGCAAUUAUGUGAUUGUCAUGAGCUGUCACAAGAACAAAGUGGAACACAGAGUCUUUUAGCUGUGUGUGUGGGGGACGAAGA